AUCACAUGAUCAAACACCAGGGUUUCCGGGAUCACGUGACAAGGUCACAUGCUGUCAGUGUUUGUGAGAUUUUAUGCCAGAAGCCGACGUAACGGGUUACAUCUCAGAAUCUAAACGAAAGAGGAUAAACACAAGAAAUUGGCUUUCAACAUGGACAUCCAUGGAGCUGUUGACGCAGCUGUACCGACUAAUAUUAUUGCUGCAAAGGCAGCAGAAGUCCGGGCAAAUAAAGUAAACUGGCAGUCGUAUCUUCAGGGACAAAUGAUAUCAGCAGAGGACUGUGAAUUUAUUAAGAGGUUUGAAAUGACUCGAUCAGAAGAAAAGCAAGUAAUGCUUACUAAUGAAGGACAGCAGUGUGCUAAAACAUUCCUUAACCUUAUGGCUCACAUCUCCAAGGAGCAAACUGUCCAAUACAUUUUAACAAUGAUCGAUGAUACGCUACAGGAAAAUCAUCAGCGUGUUAACAUAUUUUUUGAUUAUGCAAAAAGGACCAAAAACACUGCCUGGUCAUACUUUCUGCCUAUGUUAAAUCGACAAGAUUUGUUCACUGUUCAUAUGGCUGCAAGAAUUAUAGCAAAACUGGCUGCUUGGGGAAGAGAGAUGAUGGAGGGUAGUGAUUUGAAUUAUUACUUUAACUGGAUCAAAACACAGCUGAGCUCACAGAAACUGCGUGCAACAAGUGCUGAGACUGGAACAGUUUCUUCUGGUGAUAGUUCUCAAUAUGUGCAGUGUGUUGCAGGCUGUUUGCAGUUAAUGCUAAGAGUUAAUGAAUACCGUUUUGCUUGGGUCGAGGCUGAUGGAGUCAACUGUAUAAUGAGUGUGCUUAACAACAAAUGUGGAUUCCAGCUACAAUAUCAGAUGAUAUUUUGCAUCUGGUUGCUGGCAUUUAGCCCUCAGAUGUGUGAAAACCUUCGUCGGUUCAAUGUUGUUCCUGCUUUAUCAGAUAUUCUUCAAGAGUCUGCAAAAGAAAAAGUAACUAGAAUAAUUCUAGCAGCAUUUCGGAAUCUCCUAGAAAAGUCUUCUGAAAGAGAAACACGACAAGAAUAUGCCCUUGCAAUGAUCCAGUGCAAAGUGCUAAAGCAGCUGGAAAAUUUGGACCAGCAGAAGUAUGAUGAUGAAGAUAUUUCUGAUGAUAUUAAGUUUCUUUUGGAGAAGCUGGGAGAAAGCGUGCAAGACCUUAGCUCAUUUGAUGAAUACAGUUCUGAACUUAAGUCUGGUCGAUUAGAGUGGAGUCCUGUACAUAAAUCAGAAAAGUUCUGGAGAGAAAAUGCUGCAAGACUGAAUGAAAAGAAUUAUGAAUUGCUCAAAAUUCUAACACGGCUUCUGGAAGUUUCUGAUGACCCUCAGGUACUAGCAGUAGCAGCACACGAUGUUGGUGAAUAUGUGAGGCACUAUCCCAGGGGCAAACGUGUAAUUGAACAACUUGGAGGAAAGCAGCUUGUGAUGAACCAUAUGCACCAUGAAGAUCAACAAGUUCGUUAUAAUGCACUUCUGGCUGUUCAGAAGUUGAUGGUUCAUAACUGGGAAUAUCUUGGAAAGCAGCUACAGUCAGAACAACCUCCAGCCGUUGCUGCCAGAAGUUAACUUCAUCCCUGUUUCUUGUUAAAAAUGUAAUUGCCUUUGAAAUAAAUUAACAAUGUCUAAAUAUUAUAUAACAGGAUGAUUUAUUCCCAUUGCUUUUUUCCUGAAAUGAUGUGCAUGUUAUUUGGACCUCAUGUUGAUCAGUGACAGCUUUAUCUGUUGUUCGCUAGGCAUUAAAUGAUUGUUUCACCAAAUCAGAGCUUAUUAAGAACUAGUCCAGUCACAGUGUUGAAAUCUAACAGUUUAUUACCUAAGCCAUGUGCGUGUUGAAGUGAAAUGUUUGUGUCAUUGCACUAUUUAUUCCCAGAAUAUUAAAAAUAUUUAUGAAUUAA